AUGGGGAGGAAGCUGACUUAUCUGCUUCUGGUGGGUCUGUGCUUGGUGGUGGGAAUAUCCCAACACGCAGAUGCAAGGAACUUGAAGAAGGCGAAACAUCACGAAGAUGUGAAGAAGCCGGAGUCCUUUCUCGGGGAUAGCUCCGGAGGGAUCGGCGGUUUAGGCGGACUUGGAGGAGGCGGAGGAGGAGGGGGAUUUGAUAAUGGCGGAGGACUGGGAGGAGGAGUCGGAUCGGGUUAUGGGGGAGGCUUAGGAGGAGGCAUAUUCAAGGGAAUUGGAGGGUAUGGCGGAAUCGGAGGAGGAAUUUACAAGGGAAUUGGCGGAGGACUCGGUGGAGGAAUUGGUGCCGUCGGCGGAGUCGGCGGUGUUAUUGGAGGUAUGAAGCACGUUGACGCAAAUAACAAGCAGCCAUGA